AUGGUUGCCAUCUCCACCUCAACGCAAUCGUCCGAGUCCGUACUGGGACUGCCCAACACCCCCAUCACCGAUCUCAACAAGUGCCGCUACAAGACUGGCAAGUGCAACAACAUACGGUCCUGCAAGCGCAACGGCCAGCAGCACCAACUUUGUCUGUACCAUCGCGACAAGGCUAACAAGAUUCAGCGCAAGUUUGACCGUCAGAAACGUCAAGUGGCUCGUACCAAGAAGGCUCGUGACAAUCACGGAAGCCUGAGUGGCCUCUCGUCCCCAACUUCCAUUUCGAUGCUGGAUAUGGCUGCUCUCGCAGGUCUCACCACCGUCAACGAAGCUGUGUCUCCGGCUGAGUCGACCUACUCGACUUCCUCUUCCAUGUCGUACUCAUCAAGUGAAGUCAUGUACACACCCGAUUCAGUAGACUGUAGUCUCAACGAAAGCGUGUGGACGGGUCUUCCUGUUGUUACCGCUUUGUACUAUGUCGAGCUCAAUGACAUUCCUCUGUCUACGAGCUGCCACCAGAGUUAUUUGUCUUCGGACGAGAUCGACUUUUUGUGUUCUGCCAUCCUCGAGUAG